AUGAGCAAUCUUAGUACAAGAACUCUUCGUGUUACUGUACCACAUGCAAUACGAUCGAAAAUAAUCGCUGGUGGUCAAACUGCACGACAUGAAAAAAUCAAAGCUAUCUUAGGAGAAUUAUUUCGACAUGAACGGAUAGAAGGUUAUAUUCGAACACAUGACGAAACAAGACAAUAUGCCGAACGUUUAAUUGAAUUAGCUAAAAAAUAUGGUGAUAGUCAUGUUGGCACAAUGCAACUUAUGGAUUAUUGGAUUAAUGAUAAAGAUUUAAUUCAUAAAAUAUUCAAAGUAUUUGUUCCUCGAUAUACAAAUACAAUAGGACCGUAUACAAAUUCUUAUCGUUUACCAAUCCAAUAUGGUGAAGCUAAAUAUCCAUAUACACCCCGUCAAAAUAUUGUUCUCGAAAUGAAAGACAAUCCAUAUCCACGUAUAAUACCUGAUCCAAGAAAUUAUUCAAACAUUUUAACGAAUGUUCUUCUUGAUGAAGCUCGUAAAGAAUAUCGAACAGAACAAAAGAAUCGAAAUGAGAAAAAAGAUAAAUAA